CUCGGAGGGUAGUGACAGGAACAAGGCAACCUGCCCAGCUCCUGCCUGGCGCCUUUGGACCAGCGCUCCAGGGAGGCGAGUGAGGUGCCCUGUGCGCUGCAGCUGGAAAGGGGGCGCCCUUGGCCAAGCCGGCCGCAGCGGGCGCGCCCUCGCGCGGGAGCCGGGCUAUGGCCGCGGGGCAGGGCUGAGGCGGCGGCCGCCCGUGCCUUAGUGCCCUCGCCAUGCAGAAGAGCGUGCGUUACAAUGAGGGGCACGCCCUGUACCUGGCCUUCCUGGCGCGCAAGGAAGGCACCAAGCGCGGCUUCCUCAGCAAGAAGGCGGCUGAGGCGAGCCGCUGGCAUGAGAAGUGGUUCGCGCUCUACCAGAACCUGCUCUUCUACUUCGAGGGCGAGCAGAGCGGCCGCCCGGCGGGCAUGUACCUCCUGGAAGGCUGCAGCUGCGAGCGGGCGCCCGCGCCACCCAGGACCGGCGCGGGGCCUGGAGGUACCCGGGACGCCCUGGACAAGCAGUAUUACUUCACUGUCCUUUUUGGCCACGAGGGACAGAAACCGCUGGAGCUGCGCUGUGAGGAGGAGCAGGAUGGCCGAGAGUGGACAGAGGCCAUUCACCGAGCCAGUUAUGCAGACAUUCUGACCGAGAGGGAAGUCCUGAUGCAGAAGUACAUUCAUCUCGUUCAGAUCGUCGAGACGGAAAAGAUUGCAGCUAACCAGCUUCGGCAUCAGCUCGAAGACCAAGACACGGAGAUCGAAAGGCUGAAGGCCGAGAUCGUCGCUCUCAACAAAACCAAGGAGCGAAUGCGCCCUUACCAAACCAACCAGGAAGAUGAGGAUCCGGACAUCAAGAAGAUUAAAAAGGUUCAGAGCUUCAUGCGAGGGUGGCUGUGUCGCCGGAAGUGGAAGACCAUCGUACAGGAUUACAUCUGCUCCCCCCACGCAGAGAGCAUGCGGAAGCGCAACCAGAUUGUGUUCACCAUGGUGGAGGCUGAGGCCGAGUACGUGCACCAGCUGCACGUGCUGGUCAACGGCUUCCUGCGGCCCCUGCGCAUGGCGGCCAGCUCCAAGAGGCCACCCAUUAGCCACGACGAUGUCAGCAGCAUUUUCCUCAACAGUGAAACAAUCAUGUUUCUUCAUGAAAUCUUUCAUCAAGGACUGAAGGCGAGGAUAGCCAACUGGCCAACUUUAAUUUUAGCUGAUCUGUUUGACAUUUUGCUCCCCAUGUUGAACAUUUACCAAGAGUUUGUGCGCAAUCACCAGUACAGCCUCCAGGUCCUUGCCAACUGCAAGCAGAACAGAGAUUUUGACAAGCUCCUGAAGCAGUACGAAGCCAAUCCUGCCUGCGAGGGGAGGAUGCUGGAGACGUUCCUUACCUACCCCAUGUUCCAGAUCCCCAGGUACAUCAUCACACUGCACGAACUGCUGGCGCACACGCCUCAUGAACACGUGGAGAGGAAGAGUCUAGAGUUCGCCAAGUCGAAGCUGGAGGAGCUGUCCAGGAUCAUGCAUGAUGAAGUGAGUGACACGGAGAACAUCAGGAAGAACCUGGCCAUAGAGAGGAUGAUUGUGGAGGGCUGCGACAUCCUGCUGGACACCAGCCAGACCUUCAUCCGCCAAGGUUCUCUUAUUCAAGUUCCUUCUGUGGAGCGGGGCAAGCUCAGCAAAGUCCGCCUGGGCUCGCUGUCGCUGAAGAAGGAAGGCGAGAGGCAGUGCUUCUUGUUCACCAAGCACUUCCUGAUCUGCACGAGAAGUUCCGGCGGAAAGCUGCAUCUGCUCAAGACAGGCGGGGUGCUGUCGCUCAUGGAGUGCACGCUCAUCGAGGAGCCCGAUGCCAGCGAUGAUGACUCGAAAGGCUCUGGACAUGUGUUUGGACACCUGGAUUUUAAGAUUGUGGUGGAGCCACCCAAGGCUGCCCCUUUCACCGUGGUCUUGCUGGCCCCUUCCCGCCAGGAGAAGGCUGCCUGGAUGAGUGACAUGAGUCAGUGUGUGGACAACAUCCGAUGCAAUGGUCUCAUGACCAUAGUAUUUGAAGAGAACUCCAAAGUCACCGUGCCGCAUAUGAUUAAGUCAGACGCCCGCCUCCACAAGGAUGACAAGGACAUCUGCUUCAGCAAGACGCUCAACUCGUGCAAGGUGCCGCAGAUCCGCUACGCCAGCGUGGAGCGCCUGCUGGAGCGGCUCACCGACCUGCGCUUCCUCAGCAUCGACUUCCUCAACACCUUCCUGCACACCUACCGCAUCUUCACCUCAGCCGCCACCGUGCUGGCCACGCUCGCCGACAUGUACAAGCGGCCACUCACCUCCAUCCCCGCCAGGUCCCUGGAGUUGUUCUUUGCCACCAGCCAGAGCAGCAGAGGGGAGCACCUGGUGGACAGCAAGUCCCCACACCUUUGCCGCAAGUUCUCGUCCCCGCCACCGCUAGCUGCGUCCAGGACGUCGUCCCCCGUGAGGGCCAGGAAGCUAUCCUUGACUUCUCCCCUGAACUCCAGGAUAGGGGCCUUGGACCUGACCACUUCCUCAUCAUCCAGCAGCCCCACCGCCACCCACAGCCCUGCUGCGUCCCCACCACCACAUGCCACUGCUACCACAGUGACCUCAGAGUCUACGGCAGCACCCGUGGAGCGAGCAGGUGCCGAGGGAUCUCAGGCUGCUGUGGACGCUGCAGAGCUGUCUCCAUGUAGAUCGCCCUCCACGCCCCGGCACCUGCGCUACCGCCAGCCUGGAGGACAGACCACCGACAACACCUACUGCUCUGUGUCGCCGGCCUCUGCCUUUGCCAUUGCCACUGCCGCCGCAGGACAUGGAAGCCCACCAGGGUUUAACAACACCGAGAGGACAUGCGACAAGGAAUUCAUCAUCCGGAGAACGGCCACCAACAGGGUCCUGAACGUCCUCCGUCACUGGGUCUCGAAGCACGCACAGGAUUUUGAGCUCAACAAUGAACUAAAGAUGAACGUGCUGAACUUAUUGGAAGAAGUUCUGCGGGACCCAGACCUCCUUCCUCAGGAAAGGAAAGCCACGGCCAACAUCCUGAGGGCUCUUUCACAAGAUGAUCAGGAUGACAUCCACCUGAAACUAGAAGACAUAAUCCAGGCAAUGGACGGUUCGAAGGCUGAGUGCUUCGAGACCCUGUCAGCCAUGGAGCUGGCGGAGCAGAUCACCCUCCUGGACCACGUCGUCUUCAGGAGCAUCCCCUACGAAGAGUUUCUCGGACAGGGCUGGAUGAAGCCGGAUAAGAACGAGAGGACCCCCUACAUCGUGAGGACCAGCCAGCACUUCAACGAUAUGAGCAACCUGGUGGCCUCCCAGAUCAUGAAUUACGCCGACGUCAGCUCGCGCGCCAACGCCAUCGAGAAGUGGGUGGCGGUGGCCGACAUUUGCCGCUGCCUGCGCAACUACAACGGGGUGCUGGAGAUCAGCUCCGCCUUGAACAGGAGCGCCAUCUACAGGCUGAAGAAAACCUGGGCCAAGGUGUCCAAGCAGACCAAGGCUCUACUGGAUAAGCUUCAGAAAACAGUCUCAUCUGAAGGAAGAUUUAAGAAUCUCAGAGAAAACCUUAAAAACUGCAACCCCCCCGCCGUGCCCUACCUCGGGAUGUACCUGACAGACCUGGCCUUCAUCGAAGAGGGGACACCCAACUUCACUGAGGAGGGCCUAGUCAACUUCUCCAAGAUGAGAAUGAUCUCGCACAUCAUCCGGGAGAUCCGCCAGUUCCAGCAGGCUUCCUAUCGGAUCGACCACCAGCCCAAGGUCACUCAGUACCUGCUGGACAAAGCACUCGUCAUAGAUGAAGAGACACUCUAUGGGCUGUCGCUGAAAAUUGAGCCCCGCCUCCCAGCUUGAAGACCCGGCCAUGCCCCCCGAGUCCCGGCGCUUCCACGGAGGCCGAGAUGGACAGAUUUGUGCAUGCAUACCACACUCCAGGCAGU